AUCUGGCGUCGCAUUCUCGACUGAAUCAUUGAAUCUCAGAGUCUUCAUGUUUAGUUCGUAUUCAUUGGCACGGUUUGCGAUGCAAUGUUCACAUUGUUUAAAGUGUACUUUGGGAACGUCGGGUUUCAUGUCUGCGGCGUCUUAUCAUAUGUUGCCCUGGUUUUGGGAAUAUUCACUCUCAUCAUCAACGAAGCGGCAUUGGCCAUGCGGGUGUGGUACCUCUUCACACGCAAACGUUUUCUGCAACAUGCGGUCGUUGUGCUUACUCUUGCAUGUAUGAUCUUAACUGUGGCACUUGUGGCAAGCAUUCCGGACACCCGACCGCAAGAUGUUCCUUCUGCGUGUGAUUUCGCAAACAACCCCCGAACUGAGUGGAGGAUGUUUUUGCCUCCCGUUGCUCUGCAUGUCAUGCUUUACGGUCUUACGCUGUACCAAUUGCUUAGCAUAAGUGGAGAAAUCAGGGAAUUGACGAGUAUGCUGAUUGAUGAGGGGGCACAUCUCUACUUGCUGUCUACAAUGGCAUUAGUAUAUGGCUUAAUUGGAACAACUAUGCCAGACAACGCGAACGCGUUUUUUCCUGCCACUUAUUCUGCCCUAGUUCAGGUUGUGAUGUCGGUCGCCGUAUCUCGUGCCAUGCUGAUUCUUCGCAACCUGGCUGCGAGACUACAUGUUGAUCCAGGAUGGCUUCUGAGCUAUAGCGAGCUCAGCCGUAUUAACUACAGACAAGGACUCCACGAUGGUGAGCUGCUGGUAGAAAUACAAACAGGGGCUGGAAGCAUGCUAGAGAUGGGGGACUUGCAUCCAUUGCCUGGACGAAUACCAUCAGUUUGUUGUGUUAAAAAUCUCUUCGCUCGUCCGAUUCUUCCAAUAACAACACUCAUGAUCCACCCAACCAUCAGCCUUGAACGAAACCCUGCGGAGAACUGA